AUGGCAAGACUUGGUGAAAAACUUGUUAAAGCCUUCCAUCAGCAAGAGCUGUGUGAUUUAGAAAUUUCCUUAUCAGAUGGAAGUAUCAUGGGUGCACACAGGACAGUGCUCAUAUUGGGCAGCGAUUGGUUUAGAACAUGUUUAAAUGAAAACUGGGACCCCAAGCAAUCAAAAAGGACAGUUAUUUGCCAUGAUUUCUUGCCUUCACAAACAAGAUCUGUGAUAGAAUUUCUGUACCAAUAUGAGAUUGAUUUAUCUUUUGAGAAUGUUGAAGAUAUGUUACAGGCAGCUCAAUUUUACAUGGUUUCAGAUUUGUCUGAGAAAUGUUUAGAUUUUCUUCAACAAUCCAUAUGUUUUGAUAAAGCUUUGCUUGUUUUACAUAUUGCACACAAAUUUGGUUUGAAAAAUGUUGUGCUAUCAUCAUUGUUAUACAUUGACAAAUUUGCCAGAGACAUUUUAUCAAAUAGUCCUGCAAAUGAAAUGUUUUUUCAGUAUCCUGUAGAUUUGAUUAAUUUGCUGCUUGAACGAAAUACAUUAUGUAUUCAUGAAGAGAAGUUAUUUUUGUUGAUAGUAAAGUGGAUGAAUUCAGAAUGCAGAAACGUUUCAGAAACUUGGAGGAAAAUUGUUCCAAAUAUCAGGUUUGGUAGAAUGUCUGCUACUUUUUUUAUUGAAAAUGUUGUUUAUAGAAACAUAAUUAGUGAUGAUUUUGCAAUGAAAGUUAUGUUGUAUUUGAAUUCAUUGAGUGUUUGUAAGGACACAGUUGGUCCAGCUUUUCAAUCUCGUGCUUGUGUGUCAGAGGAGGACAUUAGGAUCAUUAGAUUUUUUUCAAAAAGUCCAAGCAAUACUUGGAAGUGUGAUGAAUUGAAUGGUGAUAGACUUGUGUUUUCUGUAAAUAGAAAUAUACAAUUUCAUGGCAUCAUUUUGUAUGGAAACUACAAUGUCUCACUUUUAGUUGAAGUGUCAUUAUCUUGUGAUGAAAAUAUUCUCCUUAAGGAAAAAAUACGUGAAGAGUUGACUGAGGAGUGUGAAUUUUCAUUUAUUUUUGCAAACAGUGUUACUUUAGAAAAAGACAAGUUGUAUACAGUUGCUGUGCACAUGUCUGGAUGUGAUGUAUAUUUUGGUAUAGAUGGAUUAACAACUGUUCAAACAAUCUUUGAGGUAAAUAAAACUGUCACAGUAACUUUUUCCGACAGUAUUUGUAGUCUCACAAACUCAAGAAGAGGACAAAUAAAAGGCAUUAUUUUGCAUUGA